AGACCCGACGCGCGGCAGUUACAAUUGCGAUACCGGGCCGCUCACCGCGCCGUUCCGUCACUCGCUGACGAUUCACAGCAAUAAUUCUAUAUCAUAAUAAUAUCGUUUUGUAUUGUUUCAUUACUCUUCUACUUAAAUCAUAAUAUCGUUUUAUCUAUUUCUGUGUUUACACCUUAAAAUAAUAUAAUAAUUAUAUAGUAUGUAGUGUUUCGUUAUUAAUAUUAUAAUAUAUCGUUGGUGUUUUUUUAUUUUAUCAUAAAAAAUUAUAAAUUUAAUUUUUUUAUCAAUUUAAUACCGUCGUUAUUGUACCUUUAUUAUAAAAUUAUAAAAUUGUAAUAUCGUUGUAUGCGGAUGACAGCCAUUACCAUAAUGGCUAGUUCGAAGUCUAGCAGUACUAAACAUUUUGCCGUUAACAUAGUUUCGUUCAAAUUUUCAAAUUUCUGAUAUUCGUGGAUCCGAUCGUGGUGAUUCCGUCAUCCAACAAAUACCGAGAUGGCAUUAUUAGUGGAAUCACGGUCGUUUCGGCCGUUCAAGUCCAGUGAAGAAUAUCUUUACGCCAUGAAAGAGGAUUUAGCUGAAUGGCUGAAUGGUUUAUAUCCUGAGCUCUACAUAAACGUAAAUAAUUUCAUGGAUAGACUUGAUACCGGCGUGGCUUUGUGCAAGCAUUCAAACUGUGUAAGAAACUAUGCAGAGGAACAUGUGAAUCGAAGACAAGCAGCUGGGAAAUCUAAUAUUAGCGGCAUUGCGACCAUAGUUCUUCAAUUACCACCCGUACGAUACUUACCCGGCGCUAAAGGUGGGACAUUUUUUGCUAGAGACAAUGUUUCCAAUUUCAUCAAUUGGUGCAGAAAUGGACUUGGUGUGUUUGAAUGUCUGUUGUUUGAAACCGAUGAUCUUAUAAUGCGAAAAAACGAAAAACAUGUGAUCUUAUGUUUGUUAGAGGUCGCUAGACGUGGUGCUAGAGUUGGUGUGCCAGCUCCGAUGUUAGUACAAAUGGAAAGACAGAUUGAUCGAGAAAUCGCAGCAGAUAAAAAGUAUGCUCAAUUUUCACAAGGAACUGAUUUUAAUGACGGAGAUGAUACUGAUUUGAGCGACGGCGAAGACCUAACUGAAUAUGCGCCAUUGCCUCAAAUUGUGACUAAUGAUUUGAAAAGCUUAGACGAAAUGGUACGGGAUCUUGUGGAGAGGUGCAAGUGUCCGACCCAGUUCCCGAUGAUUAGAGUGUCCGAAGGAAAAUACCGUAUCGGCGAUACUAAAGUCUUGAUAUUUGUCAGGAUACUGAGGAGUCACGUUAUGGUUAGAGUGGGCGGUGGUUGGGACACACUGUCUCAUUACUUGGACAAACACGACCCAUGCCGAUGCAAAACUGCUCAUCGAGCGCCGGUAUCUGCGAAACUGACGGGUGUCAGAAGCGGCGGGCCCACGUUGGAAUUAUCGCACGCCCAAGUACACUAUGAAAGAUCACCGCCGAGAACACGACGUUCGUCCACGUCCAGCACGGGUAGCAGUGGUAACGGCGGUUACUCCGGCGGCUUGAGCCUGACGUCCGGUGGACUGGCCACGGCCAAGCGGGCGAGCCGCCGCCGAAGUCGAUCGCCGUCGCCGCGGCCGACCGCCAAGCUUAGUGCGCCAGUGGACGCGGGCCGCCGGAGCAGGAGCCCCACUCCCCGGCGGGCCGCCGACCACUUGACGGUGGCCAACGCGGCCGGCAGGUCCAGGUCAGUGACGCCCAGCGGGAGACGUGCGCGGCGGUCGGCGUCGCCUUCGUCCGGAGCGGUUAACGGUGGCGGCGACCGUCUGCUGCACGUGCCCUGCAACGGACAGCGACAGCCCAACGACCGAAGCCGUUCGCCGUCGGCGGCGCGGCAGCGAAGCGGUGUGGACGACACGCCGACGCCGAAGAUUUCGUUGAACUUCACGUCGGAACUAGCCGCCGAGUUGGGCGACCGUCUGCAGCGAUCGUCCAGAGAGUCGUCCGUGGACAUACAGCCCGACACCGGAAAAACGGACUGCGGCCGGAACAACGGCGACGAUGGUGACGACGACGAUGACGACGACGACAACGUGACCGUGGACACUUCGUCCACGUGUCGGGUGUCGGACAACUUCCGAGGCACCGGACAGUAUCACGUUCUCAACCCCACGCCCGUGACGGCCAUCGGCGAGAGGCGGCACUCGACCGUCAGAGAGGAAGAGUCCGUAGUGGACACGACGCCGUUCAGUCGCGUGUCGGACAGUUUGAGAGUGGCCGCGUACGAUUGUCCGCCCGCGGCUGCCGGUCGGAAAAAGUCUCAAACAGCCCGUGGGGACGCCGCGAAGAAGUCGGAACCGGUGGGCACGGAUAGCGGUUCGGAAGUAUCGGACGAGGGUUACAGGAGUCUAGGUGUGGUGGCCUCACCGCCAUUCAACUCUAACGUGAAAAACGUGCAAAAAUCUAAUGGCACGCCACCGGUAACGCGAGUGACGCGGCCGCCCCGCAGUCGUUCGGCUGGCGGAAAAGAGACGCCCAGCCCGCAACAGUCGCCGUUCCGCCGGAACCGUUCCACCACCCAGUCGUCGAGACAGCAGCAGCAGCAGCAGCAUCCUUCACCGGCGUUCGGCCGGUCGCAGACACCGACGCCGAGCCGCAGGUCACCCGCACCGUACGCGGACGGUUCUGCAGCAGGACAACCCCAACCGCCUUUUUCGUCGUCGUCGCCGGCCACCCCGUUGCUGGGCCGGAACAACACGUGGAACGCGGCCGGUGGCCGGCACUGGUCGUCUAAACAACGACCGCAAUUGUCGGCCGACACGUUUUGCCAACAGGUUGCUGACAUUAUCAACCGGUACGCAGUGAUGUCGCCAAGUCCCCGAAAAGACUCGAAACCCGAUUCGCCGAUCGUCACUCGGAUUCCGGCGCCCGUCCAAAGGACUUGAUCGUCAAUCGCCGUCGUCGUCGAGGAGUCGUGUGGUGGAGGGGAUACCUCUCGUUUAAAAAAUAAAUAUUCAAUAAUAAUCCGCAUAUAGUUUUAAUUCCCCCUCCCCCCCAAUUCGGGCGAUUUCCGACCUCCGGUGGUCGUCAAAAAAACAUAUUUAAUGUUCUCGUACUCGUAUCGUUGUGACGUCAGACCCGACGUCCUCUGCAACACAUUGCGGACACGUGAUUAUAAUAAUUAUAAAUCUAUUUAUUUGGAACGAAGGCACAACGAUACGACGACGUAUGAUAUUUAUAUAUUUUUGUAUUUGAAACGUUUAAAUUGUUAUCGCGAUUUAUCUCGUUUUAAUUGUAUUUGUUUAAUUUUUUUUUUUUUUUGCGAUCGAAUUAUAUUAUAUUAUUAUUAUUUUCCCGUGCAUAUAAUAUUAUUAUAUAAUAUUUAUUAUUUAUUAUGACGUUAUGAUGUUAGGUGCGUAAAUUAAAUAUUAUAAUUUCGUUGUUAUGUGUUUGUCGAUGAUGUUAGACGGGGAAGACGAUAUUAUGCUUUUCUCGUGCGAACGAAUGGUGCUAAAAACCGACCUUAAUUAGUGUUACGAUUAUAAUAUUACACAAUAUUAUAAAAUGUCAUACAUGAGUACGUCAUGUACGAUAAUAUCGCAAUAAUAUUAUUACCACUGGUUAGCUCAGUGGCAAACCUAUGAUUUAUUUUUAAUUUUUUUUUUUUGAACGGGUGGUAACAGUAAAAACACUGUUUCCUCUGAAGAAAUUAAAAAAAAAAAACGUUCAAGGGUGAGUUUGUUAUAAACAACCCCUUAACUUCCCUUCCUCUUUCGUGAGCCACUGUGUUAGCGUGUAUAUUAGUUAUUAUUAUUAUUAUUAUUAUUUUUAUCAUUGUAAAAUAUAUGUAUAGCUUAUACUUGUAUAUGCUUAUAUAUAUAUACUAACGCAGACUGUACGAUUUUAUGCUAGAACACGAUGUUCAUAUUGAUAUAUACACGAAUGUAUAAAAAAAAAUUUAUACAUAAAUGUGGGGUAAAUUUACAAUGACUAAAUAUUAUGUUUUAUAUCUUAUAGAUCGGUAAUUUUUUGUAAUAUCUAUACGCUUAUAGGUAUAUAAGGAUAUGUGCGCUAUUAUUUUCUGUGUAAAAUUGUGAAAUCGUGUAGCUACGAUAAAUAUGUUGUUAUAUAUAUCCUGCCGUAUCAACACACAUCAUAUUAUGUAAUAUUAUAUCAUAUAGAAAAUUUUAUAUGUACUAGACACAAUGCAUUAUAUUCUAAAUUAGCUAAAUAUAUUAUACUAACAAAAUUGUUGAGGAA